AUGAACCAUGGUCAGGUACUCAGUGAAAAAUAUGACAGAGAGGAUAUCUUGCCGACUUCCGAGGCUCAAACGAACAACAAUGACCAAGGAGCUAUGAGCGAUGAGACGGAAAAGGGAAACCUAGAGUUGAUGGUCGAGUCUUCGGAUCUGCAACCAGCAAACAAUGCACCCCCUCCGCCCCCAAACGGGGGCUAUGGAUGGGUCGUCACCGCCGCCAUCUGCAUCAUCAACGCUCAUACAUGGGGCAUGAACUCAAGUUACGGAGUCUUCUUGGCGUACUACAUCAAAAACAACACUUUCCCCGGGGCAACGACUCUACAGUAUGCCUUUGUUGGCUCCCUCAGCAUUAGCUGCGCCAUGGCCAUCUCACCAUUCGCAACCAUAGCCGUCAAGAAGUACGGCACCAGACAGGUGAUGCUCCUCGGCGUUGUCCUCGAAGCAGGCAGUUGGAUUGCAGCAAGCUUUGCCUACAAGAUAUGGCAUCUGUUCCUCACCCAGGGCGUUCUCUUUGGCAUCGGCAUGGGAUGCCUCUUCACAGCCACGGUGGGCAUUAUCCCUCAGUGGUUUACGACUCAUCGCUCUUUGGCCAACGGCAUUUCCGCUGCCGGCUCAGGCAUGGGAGGUCUUAUCUACUCAUUUGCUGCUGGUGCCAUGAUUCAGAACCUAGGGCUUGCGUGGGCCUUCAGAAUACUCGGAAUCCUUGCAUUCGUCGUGAACUUCACCUGCAGUCUUUUAGUUAAAGACCGCAACAAGAUUGUAGGAUCGACGCAUCUGGCUUUCAAGAGUACUCUUUUGACGAGAGCCGAGUUCCUGCUGUUUAUCCUGUUCGGCUGGUUUAGUAUCCUGGGCUAUGCUGUGGAUAUUUUCAGUCUCGCCAACUACGCCAACGAGAUUGGCCUUCAAUCGUCUCAGGCUGCUCUCAUCAACGCAUUUUUUAACUUAGGCCAGAGUAUAGGCCGGCCGAUAAUGGGGUAUUUCAGCGACCGAACUGGACGGAUGAACAUGGCCGCCAUCUGCAGCUUCUUGGCUGGUGUCUUUUCGCUGGCCAUCUGGAUCAACGCCAAAACAUACGGCGUGCUGAUCCUCUACUCUAUCGUAUGCGCCGAAAUUGUUGGGUUACAAGAUGUGCCCUCUGCUCUUAAUAUUAUGUGGCUGAUGAUUCUGCUUCCCUGCACUUUCAGCGAGCCAAUUGCUUUGCAGAUUGUGUCCGGAACUGGAAGUUAUCUGGGUACUCAAUUAUGGACAGGCCUGAUGUUUAUUGCUGCUACAAUCUGCAUGGUUAUACUUCGUGGGUGGAAGAUUGGUGAAAUCGACGAGCUUGCCAGAGCACGUAACGAGAGACCGGAGGACGUCGAUCGAUAUAAGACGAGCGAUAACGAGGAACUGAUUGAGCAAGGAAGAAAGGCUGGCCGACGACGAAUGCUUGUUGAUUUCUACAGGAAGAGGGUUGUAUGA